UUCUAUGUUUCACAACUUACCCGUUAGGUCCUACGGUUGUAGUUAGUACUGUAGAUCCCAUUCUCCUCUCCUGUCCUAAAGGACUAUAUUUUAUAACGCAAAUAUUUUUUAGUAGUUACAUAUUGUUGCACGUUUUUACAGAGCAAUAAACACCACUGACAUUUUGAUGGUUUUGUAUUAUCUGUAUUGUCUGUUUAUAUCUAGAUCCGGCUGUGAUUGACAGUCCAGGUGCGGAUUCCGUGGAUGCAUAAUGUUUCUUGCCAUCGAAGAAAGUACUGUGUUACUUUAAAGUUAUUAUUAUUAUGAUUUAACUGAUGAAUUAUUCUCUUUCGAAAAAAAGUUAUAAAGCCUGUCUGACCCAGGACAUAUCAACUACCUACUCCAAAGCAGGAGCCAUUCAUCUGGCUAAUUAGGAGGCUUGGCGAUGGGCGGCAACAAAAGCAAGUGUAAGGAAGCAGGACAGAGGCCUCGGAGCCUGGACGGCAUUACAGGCCCUGGGGGCAGCCUCCAUUAUCCAAGCCAAAUGCCCAGCAAGAGUGCCCUCACCGGGGACAGCGGCCGGGGCGAGCAGCCCCCCAAUACAGAGCUGCCUUUGUUCGGGGGCGUCAAUCCCAGUGGCAUCCCCAGCUCCGGGACCCAAAGCGGCCACCUUGCAGGAGCAGUCACUACUUUUGUAGCGUUGUAUGACUAUGAAUCGCGCACAGCUUCAGAUCUGACUUUCAAGAAAGGCGAGAGACUGCAGAUCCUCAAUAACACGGAGGGGGAUUGGUGGCUCGCACGCUCACUGACCACCGGGGGGAGCGGCUACAUUCCCAGCAACUACAUAGCCCCUUUGGACUCCAUCCAGGCUGAAGAGUGGUUUUUUGGAAGCAUUACUCGCCGUGACUCGGAGAGGCUCCUGUUGAGCUCUGAAAGUAGAGGAACAUUCCUGGUGAGAGAAAGUGAGACCACCAAGGGUGCUUACUGCCUAUCUGUUCUGGACAAUGACAUCACUAAGGGCUUCAAUGUCAAACACUAUAAGAGCCGCAAGCUGGACAGUGGCGGCUUCUACAUCACGUCACGAGCGCAGUUCCAGACUCUGCAGCAGCUGAUCAGCCACUACCGCAAAAAUGCAGACGGCCUCUGCUAUUGCCUGACAGACGUGUGCCCAGUCCUGAAGCCUCAAACCCAGGGCCUGUCCCGGGAUGCCUGGGAAAUACCGCGUAACUCCCUGCGGCUGGACGUGAAGCUGGGCCAGGGCUGCUUUGGGGAGGUCUGGAUGGGAACUUGGAAUGGCACAACACGCGUGGCCAUAAAGACUCUAAAACCAGGAACCAUGUCCCCGGAAGCUUUUCUCCAAGAGGCUCAGAUCAUGAAGAAGCUCCGGCAUGAGAAAUUGGUGCAGCUUUACGCUGUGGUGUCUGAGGAGCCUAUCUACAUCGUCACGGAGUACAUGGCCAAAGGAAGUUUGCUAGAUUUCCUUAAAGGAGACACAGGGAAGAUGCUGAGGCUACCACAGUUGGUGGAUAUGGCAUCACAGAUUGCUGCUGGAAUGGCCUAUGUGGAGAGGAUGAACUACGUGCACAGGGACCUCAGGGCAGCCAACAUCCUGGUGGGGGAAAAGAUACAAUGCAAGGUGGCCGAUUUUGGCCUCGCGCGACUCAUCGAGGACAACGAGUACACAGCCAGACAAGGAGCAAAGUUCCCCAUCAAGUGGACAGCACCAGAAGCUGCACUCUAUGGCCGCUUCACUAUCAAGUCAGAUGUCUGGUCCUUUGGGAUCCUUCUUAUUGAGCUGAUGACCAAGGGCAGAGUGCCAUACCCAGGGAUGGUGAACCGGGAGGUGCUGGACCAGGUUGAGCGAGGUUACCGAAUGCCAUGCCCUGCCGAGUGCCCGGAGUCCCUGCAUGACCUGGUGCUAACCUGCUGGCGGAGGGAAGCAGAGGAACGACCCACCUUUGAGUAUCUGCAGAGCUUCUUGGAGGACUACUUCACCUCCACUGAGCCCCAGUACCAGCCUGGAGAGAACCUUUAGGACUUCUGGGAUGCCAUUAGCUGAGAUGGGAGUGAAUCAUGUCAUUUCAGACCAAGUCAAAGUUUUGCCACUGUGAGCUCUCCUCUAGCCAAGCUUUAACUUUUACUGUUCUAGUAAAGACAAGCCAGAGGCUCAUUCCAGCCCCAACUUAAUGCUGCUUUCUUCCCAUGCUGCUUUUGAAAGCUGCAGUUUCUUUCUCUGAGGUGCCUCGAUUAUUUUUGCAUCACUGGGACCAAUACGCCUUUUGUCAUGAUGUUAUGGUUGAUUAGCAGAACCAGAAACCACACAAAUCUGUGCGUUAAUUGCAAAGCUAUUAUCUCGUUCUCUCCUUGUCAAUGCUCCAGUGUCAGCAUUGUUGAAAUUAUAAAUGAAUGUUUGUCUGUAGACACACUAUUUCCCUAAUUUCCCAGAGAGUUUAAUAUAAAGACAAAUAAUUAAAAAAUGCAAUGUUUACAUCUCUUACUAUAGACAAUGAUCUCGGACACGUUUCUGUUGUCCAGUGAAAAAGAAAUAAAUAAUAAGUAAUAAUAACUGAAUUAACAAUAAUAAGAAUGUAUAGUACAGUGCAGGUAGGACAAGUGAGGCUGAAACAUGUGACUUGGAGACAGUGAUUGCAGUAAGAACAUGGGUCACAUAGCGUCCAUCCAUGCAUCAUGGGGCGGUGAGUUUUUCAUCACUGAAGAUGCUCCUCACAUGUUCCAGCUCUCUGAGAGGAGAACAGUUUGGGUACCAUUUGUGCUUCCAUUGCCACUUCCUGAUUGUGUCCCAGAAACAGUUUGAAAAACUACAGAGGAAAAACAACAGCAUUGUUUCUGACCCUCACAGGCAGAUGUUACCAAAAAACUGAGUUGUAUAAUUCAAUAAUUGUUGUAAGAAUAUAUAGAUAGUAUUUGUUUUUCAGUUAGUUUUGUAUCUGUUUAAAUUUGAGGUAUAAUGAAAAGCAUGUUUUCUGUAUAUUUGAAAUUUGCCUUUCUUUGUCAGUGAACAACAUACAAAUGACACAAAUAACUGCAGAGUGAUAUUCAUGGAAAUGAGACAUGGAAAUAUGUUUUACUCAGGUGUGUGUGUGUGUGUGUGUGGUAGGGGGUGGGGGUUGAGGGGCCCAAGAUCCCUAGGCUUCUAAAUUUACAGAAUAGAAAAACUCCUCAAAAAUAUUUGUUAAAACUACUGAUCGUGUGAUCUGAUUACAUAGUUUGUAGUGAGCAUAAAACCAUCCAAGGCACUCUUGCUGAGAAAAGUCAUAUAUUUUUAUACUUUAUUUUUAUGCAUGUGUGGUGGAUUGGGGCCUUGUAACAAAUAUACUUCAUAAAUAUCUAGAAAUUCUGAUUCUGGUGCAGCAAUACACGAUGACUUCUGUAUGCUUUUGUUAAAUCUGUCCAAAUUGUAUAUCCUCCUGAGACCCAAGGGAAAAAAGUGUCCUUCAAUUUUAGGUUAUUUGUCUUUGGAGGAAAUAAGACAUCUUACAAUUUAGAUUUUUUCAAUUUUAUCUUUAAUUUCACAGCAUGUCCU